AAGUCGUUCUUUAUCUAACAUGGGUCGUAUGUACGGAAAGGGAAAGGGUAUUUCGGCUUCUUGCCUGCCCUACAAGAGAACUGCUCCUUCUUGGUGCAAGUCUACUGCUGAGGAGGUGGAGGCUUCUGUCUGCCGUCUGGCUAAGAAGGGUCUGACUCCUUCUCAGAUUGGUGUGAUGCUGAGAGAUCAGAAGGGAAUUGGUCAGGUGAAGGCCGUGACUGGUUCUAAGAUUCUCAGAAUUCUGAAGAAGAACGGACUGGCUCCUUCUCUGCCUGAGGAUAUGUACUUCCUCAUCAAGAAGGCCGUCGCCAUCAGAAAGCACCUGGAGCGCAACCGAAAGGACCGUGACUCCAAGUUCCGUCUGAUUCUGAUCGAGAGCCGUAUUCACCGUCUCACUCGCUACUACAAGCGCACUGAGCAGCUUCCCCCCACUUGGAAGUACAACUCUGCUACGGCUUCCACUCUGGUCGCGUAAGCAUAGAUAUUGAUAUUGAUUCUUCCUCUUGGGAACAAGGUUAUUU